AUUCAAUCACCCCACACGAACAACCAUCGGAGCCUCCCAGAACUCGCAUUACCGACUUCAAGAUGUCUCUCGUCGACGCCAAGAACCCCGUUCCUAACUACCAGCGCUUCUACCAGAACGCUUACAAGAACCAUACCCGUCUUUGGAAGAUUGGCCCUCGCAGCCGCAUGCUGAUGACCCCCUACCUCAUCCUCCUCUGGGGUAGCCUCGGCGCUUCUUUCUACGGCGCUGGCCGCAAGGUCCUCGGCUACAACUCUUACUUCGGAAACUAGAUACGCGGGCUGCCUAGCUUAUUAUAAAGCUCGACAAAGAUGGAAGGCUAGUGUGAUCAGUAUUGAGUGAAUAGAAGGAGAUGCAUCCAAUCUGAUAUCCUCGCGGAAUUGUCCUUUGAUUUGUAUACACAGAAACGAGACAAACUCCCAGUCGAACCGUGCCUUCUAUUCACACGUCAUUGCCAUUAAA